UUUUCCUUUUACUUCUAGAAAAGUCCGUGCAAAUUUUAGAAUUAAAAAGAAGAAUCAUCAGCUUAAAUAAGCCUGUGUAAAAUCUUUGAUUUUUACCAUAUAAAAGUGAAAUUAAUUAAAUUAAUUUAAUUGAACUAAUAAUUAAGUAUUAUGGAUAAGGUAAAUGAACUUAAGGAGAAGGGCAAUAAAGCUUUAAAUGCAGAAAAUUUCGAUGAGGCUAUUGCCGCUUAUACAGAAGCUAUUGGCCUAGAUGGCUCAAAUCAUGUUCUAUAUAGCAAUCGUUCAGCUGCCUUUGCAAAAGCCGGAAAAUUUGCCGAAGCUUUAAACGAUGCCGAAAAGACCAUAUCGCUGAAUCCCUCUUGGCCCAAGGGUUAUUCACGCAAAGGUGCAGCUGCCGCCGGUUUGGGUGAUUUCAUGAAAGCAUUUGAGGCCUAUAAUGAAGGUCUUAAAUACGAUCCAACAAAUGCUAUACUAUUGCAAGGUCGUCAAGAAGUCACUGCUGCCGUAUUGCAGCAUAUGCAACAACAAGGCAUGGGUACACCCAUGGAUGUAGAUCCACCAACAACCAAAUCAACUAGCUCAAAAUCAUCAGCAGAAAGUGAGAAAAAACCAGAGCCACCCAAGCCAGCUGAACCAAAUCUCGAUGAAAUGUCAGAAGAAGAACGUAAAAAAUAUCUAGCUAAAAAAGAAAAAGAAGCCGGUAAUGUGGCCUAUAAGAAGAAGGAUUUCGAGGUAGCUCUUAAACACUAUAACGCUGCAUUAGAAUUAGAUCCUACAGAUAUUACCUACUACAAUAAUAUUGCCGCGGUAUAUUUCGAACGUAAAGAAUUCGAAGAAUGUAUUAAGACUUGUGAGAAAGGUAUUGAAAUUGGACGUGAAAAUCGUGCUGAUUUCAAAUUGAUUGGUAAGGCCUUUGCACGUAUUGGUAAUUCGUAUAGGAAAAUGGAAGAUUAUCACAAAGCCAAGACUUACUACGAGAAAGCCAUGUCCGAACAUCGUACGCCAGAGGUAAAAACUUCGCUGAGCGAAGUUGAGAGGAAAAUUAAGGAAUUAGAACGAAAGGCCUAUAUUGAUCCAGUUAAAGCCGAAGAGGAAAAGGAGAAGGGUAAUGAAUUGUUUAAAAAGGGAGAUUACAGCACUGCCGUUAAACAUUACACAGAAGCCAUCAGACGUAAUCCCGAUGAUCCCAAAUUGUACAGCAACAGAGCGGCUUGUUAUACCAAGUUGGCGGCCUUCGAUUUGGGCUUAGAAGACUGUGAAAUGUGUAUUAAAUUGGAUGACAAAUUCAUUAAGGGCUACAUACGCAAGGGUAAAAUUUUGCAGGGUAUGCAAAAGAACUCUAAAGCAUCGGCGGCAUUCCAAAAAGCCUUAGAAUUGGAUCCAAAUAAUGCUGAGGCCUUGGAAGGUUAUCGUGCCUGUGCCCUUAACUUGCAGCGCAAUCCCCAGGAGGUAUUGAAGAAUGCCAUGAAUGAUCCAGAGGUACAACAAAUCCUAAAAGAUCCUGCUAUGCGUUUGAUAUUGGAACAAAUGCAAAAUGAUCCUAAUGCUGUUAAAGAACAUUUACAAAAUCCUGCGAUAGCUGACAAGAUUAUGAAACUAAUGGAAUCUGGUGUUAUACAAAUUCAUUAAAAAAAAUCCAUUUACAAAAACAAGAAAAUAAAUUUCCAAAAAAAGGCACUUUGCUGAAAAAAUAUAAACAUAACAAUAAACUACUCCGUUAACUUUACACAACAAUUUUUCAAGACCAAUCAAACUAUGUAACUACAUAACUUAUUUAAUAAUUUUUGUUUCUAUGCUUUUUUUCAAAAUUAUGUUAACAAAAAUUGCUUCAAAUUAAUGUUUAUUAUUUUUCUAUAAUUUUUAUAAAAUUUUUAUAAGAUAAUUUUUAAGUAGUCUCUUACGAAUUCCAAUACAAUACAAAACAAAAACACAUUUACGAAAGUUA